AAGACGUCAUUCAGUGACAGUGGGAAAAGUACAGAAAUAAUAUUCUGGAGGAUUUACGCAAUAGGACUAAUAUACGAUAUUUUGUAAGUUUAGUAGUGACAUAUAGCAAGAUGUUUUGAAAUAAUCUGCACAUAACCUGUUGGAUAUUGUUUCUGAGUUUUAUAAAGAAAAAGAAAGAUAUUGAAUUAGAAGAUGAAUUCGUUUGAUCCAGGACGGGCGAGUGUGCCUGUAACACAGGUUGAAAUCAGUGUAUCCUGCAGAAAUUUACGAGAUAUGGACACAUUUUCUAAAUCGGAUCCAUUGUGUGUUUUAAAGAUGAGAGAUUUUAGAUCACAAUCGUACAGAGAGGUUGGAAGAACAGAACAAAUAAAAGACACAUUAAAUCCUGAUUUUGUUAAAAAAUUUAUUGUGCAAUAUUUUUUUGAAGAAAGACAGUUAUUGAGAUUUGAACUGUAUGAUGUAGAUUCACAUAGUGUGAGACUGGAUGAUCAUGAUUUUCUCGGCUGUUUAGACAUUAGUCUUGGAGAAGUAGUAAAUUCUUCUGGCGGAAGAGUUGAAAAACCUUUAAAGGGUAAAGGUCAUGGGAAUUUUGGAACCAUCAGCAUACGAGUUGAAGAGGUCAGUACAAACAAGGAUGAAAUCACCAUGCAGUUUAAAGCAACCAAUCUAGAUAAAAAGGAUUUCUUUGGAAAAUCUGACCCGUUUUUAGUUUUUUACAGAGCAAAUGAAGAUCAAAGUUUUACUAUUUGUCACAAAACGGAAGUAGUAAAGAAUAAUUUGAAUCCAACUUGGCGACCAUUUUGUGUUUCACUACAAGCCUUAUGUAAUGGUGAUAAAGACAGAUCGGUGAAAGUAGAAUGCUAUGAUUGGAAUAGUAAUGGAUCGCAUGAGAUUAUUGGAGAAUUUAUAUCCAAUGUACGAGAAUUAGAAAAAGGUCCAGGGACACAUAAUGUUUAUCAAGUUGUAAAUACCAAAAAAAAAGCCAAAAAGAAAAGUUACCAGGAUUCCGGACAGGUUCACCUGAUUAGUUCAAAAGUUACUCCAGUGUAUUCCUUCUUAGACUAUAUCAAGGGAGGGAUGCAGAUGAAUUUUACAGUGGCUAUAGAUUUUACAGCAUCUAAUGGUCAUCCACGGCAGCCAUCGUCAUUACAUUUUAUAAAUCCACAACAACCCAAUCAAUAUGCUGCUGCUAUACAAGCAGUCGGGGAAAUUGUACAAGAUUAUGACAGUGAUAAAUUAUUUCCAGUUUUAGGAUUUGGUGCCAGAUUACCGGAUGGUAAAGUUCAUCAUGAAUUCGCUGUGAAUUUCAACCCUAACAAUCCGUACUGUAGCGGUGUAGAUGGUAUUUUACAAGUGUAUCAUAAUUGUCUUCCACAAGUGGAAUUAUACGGACCAACUAACUUCUCCCCAGUUAUAAAUCAUGUGGCAAGAUUUGCUGCACCAAUACGAGAUGGAUCAAGUUAUUUUGUGUUGUUGAUAAUAACUGAUGGUGUUAUAACAGACAUGCCACAAACUGUGAAAUCUAUUGUAGAGGCAUCAAGUCUUCCUAUGUCUAUAAUUAUUGUUGGUGUUGGAAAUGCUGAUUUUGAAGCUAUGGAUGAAUUAGAUUCUGAUAAUAAAAGAUUAGGUUACAACGGAAAAUAUGCUGAACAAGACAUAGUACAGUUUGUGCCGUUCCGUGAGUUCAUUGGUGGUAAAUACGGCAAUAAUAUACAGAUCCUAAUGUAUUUUGUAUUGUAG